AUGGCCCGCCUCCGUCGACCGGAGUCAUUCGACGAUGUGCGAGCGGAGGGCCUCUUCCGUGCCACCACGGCGCCACAGAUCCUGGCCAAGCGCGGGGCCAUCUUCCUGCAAGGAUUGCCAGGCCUCCUGGGUGCCGGCGGCUUCCGCCCGGAAAAGAUUCCGACCAAGCAAGAGGUGCUUGCGGCUGGAGCGAGCAUCUUCGAAUCGACUUCCCGCGCUGAGGGCGUAGAUGUCUUCCUGAGCCAUCGCUGGGGUUCUGCUCGCUGGGCGAAGUACCUCGCCUUGUGCCUCUACCUGAACCUGACAGCAGCUCAGCUCUGCUCCAUGGCCACCUGGGUGCUGGCCACUACCGGCAUGAUCGCAUCUGCCGGAGGCGCCGCCAAGCUCGGGGGCAACCUCUUGUUGAUGCCCAUCUUGGUCUACGUCCCAAUGGCGGUUUUCUUCGUCGUCUUCUUCUUCGGCCAGCAUGUUGUACAUCAUUUUAAACCGACUUCGAUGUGGGUGGACCGGGCAUGCAUCCACCAGACAGACCACAAUUUCAAAGAACGUCAGAUCCGGGCACUCCCCGUUUUCGUCGCACGGUCUUCCUCGAUGCUUGUGUUGUGGGACGACGACUACUUCCAAAGACUUUGGUGCCAGCUAGAGUUGGCUACCUUUGCGAAGCACGGCGGCGCAGAGAAGGUGCAUUUCUUACCACUUUGGCUGGCGCCCUGGCUGCUGUCAGCACUCUUGCUGGACCUGCUGGUUGCUACAAGUUGGUACAUCCUUGCCCACGUCGCACCUUUGGACCUCUUCACUUCCACGCCGACGUUCUCUGCCAUAUUGGGCUCCGCAUUCGGUCCUCUUGUCACUGUGGGAAUCUUCAAUCUGCUGUUUGGCACCAUCUUGGGCGUUCUAGCAUCCAUUCCAUGGACAGUCACCUGCAGGGCCAAGUUAAGGAGCCAUGCCUUGCUGCUCGAUCAAAUGGCAAGCUUCGACUGCCGGGCUGCUCAGUGCACAGUGGAAGCUGAUAGGGCUCUGGUGAACCAGCAAAUCCAGCAACUUUUUGGAUCGCGCGACGAGAAAGAAGUUGUGGUUCUGGCAACAUCGUCCACUGUAACAGAGAAUGUGCACUCGCCGUCGCCAAGCGACCGCGUGGAAGCUGCUUACCUGCCGUGGACAACGCAGGACAGUAUGGUCUAUACUCAGACUGAUGAACAAGCGCUAGACGCGUUUAACAGCUACAUUCGCGGGCCACUCCGCUUUGCAGUCAUGGAAAGUGUUGGAGACCAGCUGCAUGUACCGUACAGAAUGUGUCUGGUAGCGUCCUUGCCCAUGAUCUUUUACUCCUCGACCGACAUUCUCCAAUGCGAUGCUGAAUGCAUAUCCCACAACGGUUUUCAAUCCUUCGAGAGCUACGUCCUGCCGGUGGUUCUGGGCUGGCUCGCCACGAUUUUGCUGAUCUUGCCUGUCUUCUACCCUGUCUUUCUUCGGAUGCUGAAGUGUGCCUCCUCCUUUCAGACCGAGUCCCUGCAGCUCAUCUUGGCAGGUCUCAGUGGAAUUGUGACUUUCAGCUACGGCUACUUCAUCGUCGGGCUGGUGUUCGGACUUGUUGACGUAAGCUUCCAGCAAGGAGUGAUUGGUUUGAUCCCCCUCCUCGUCCUCCUGAUAAUCCUCUUCAUGCAGCUGCGAUGCCUUUUCGGCACGGGUCCCCGCGCAGGAGCAACUCGAAGGGCAUCCGUGGACAGCACGUACCGGGCGCUGUGUGCGGCAGACGAUCUCAGCAUUUAG